AUAACUGACUCUAACGUAUUAGUAAAUGAUUUGUUAACAUUAAUAAAGCCCUUACAGCUACAACUUGUAAACCCUUAUAAAUUCUGACUUAUUUGGUCUUGUGGCUACAAUCGCCUCCACUGAUUCAGCGAAUAAACAAACAAGGCUUUCCUAAGGUAGGCUACAAACUUUGCCCCUGGUGUGGCGCCUUAUCUGUGAGCCGUGAGUUACAGCCAGCAUAGAGGUAAUGGCUUAUCUGUUAAACUCCGGGCAACGCACUAACCAAACACUGACUCAAGAGAGUCCUUUAAAGUGGAAUAUAUGACCAUCCCACUUGAGUUGACUGUCUUUAUCUCUCCACGCCGCCAUGGGCCAGCGAGGAUCUAAGCAACCGGAGGCCCGAGUUCUCCUUCUGGGUCUGGACAACGCUGGGAAAUCGACGCUCCUGUACAAACUGAAACACAACGCGCGUGUCAGCACAGUUCCUACAAUCGGUUUCAACGUGGAAAUGCUGGAGGCGAGAAAGAACAAGAAGAACAUCGCCUUAACCUUGUGGGAUAUCGGUGGACAGGGAAAAAUGCGGCAACACUGGAAUAGUUUCCACCAGGACACAGCGGCCAUCGUGUUCGUUGUGGACAGUUCUGACCGGCAGCGUCUGGAGGAGGCGCGCCGGGAGCUGGAAAACACGCUGAGGAGCGAUCAGCUGCGGGGCCGUCCGCUCAUUCUUCUCGCCAACAAACAGGACGUCAACGACGCACUGACUGGCACUGAAAUCAAGGACCAGUUUAACCUGAAAAAAACUUGCUCGGAUCGGGACUGGUUUGUUCAGCCUUGUUCGGCAUCGACGGGCGUUGGAGUUCAAGAAGCCUUCAGACAAGUUGUCCAAAUGGUGAAACUCACAUCAGACUCCGAGGCGAUGAAAGACAGCAUCAAGGAAACAGUGCACUACUUCAAAGCCAGCAUGAGACAUUAGUUUUAGUUGGGAAUGUUUCAAAUUAUUUUUAAAAAAAAGUUUGUUAUAAAUCUAAAUCAUAUGAAAAGUUGGUUGAGUCUUUUAAUUCCUUUUACGCACAAUGACUUCUGUGCUCAUACAUCCCCACUGAAACUGCUCAAUCUAGCAAGCUAAUGCAGAGUGAGUGAAAAAAAUAUAGGUACUAUUAAAUGGUUACCAAGAAA